AUGGCUGCGCCAAAGCUAACUCUGUACUAUGACAUUGUCAGUCCUUUUGCGUGGAUUGCAUUCAAGAUCUUACGGGACUCCCGUACGUUCAGCAAAUGCGAUAUCACCUACGUGCCCGUUCUCCUGGGCGGGAUACUGAAGGCCACUGGGAAUACUCCACCCAUUAGGAUUAAGAACAAGGAUAAAUGGAUUAAUCAAGAGCGUAUCCGCUGGGCUCGGUUCUUCUCCAUCCCGAUAGCAGAAACAUCGCCGGAGGGUUUCCCGCCCAAUACAGUCACCGUGCAACGUGCCCUUACAGCCAUCUCUCAGCAAUCUCCUAAUAAGUUGAUCCCUGCUACUGAGGCAGUAUGGCGGGAUUUCUGGGUGAAGGGGGACGGCAAGGCAACGCAGCCCGAGGUGUUUGUACCAAUUUUUGAGAAAAUACUAGGAUCGUCGCAGACAAAAGCCAUCAUGGAAGCGGCGAACGGGCCAGAAAUCAAGACGCUCCUGGGCGCUAACACCCAGCAGGCUCUUGACUCCGGCGCCUUUGGUCUUCCCUGGUUCGAAUGCACAAACUCCAGAGGCGAGAAGGAAGGAUUCUGGGGAAUCGACCAUCUCGGUCAGGUAGUUGAAUUUUUGGGCCUGGACCGCUCGCUGGAUCCUGGGUUCCGGGCAGUUCUGUAA